CCGGCGGCGGAAUUAUUUUCAGUCUUUGGGAAGGUUUCGGUGGAUGUAUUUUGGUUUUAUUUUUUUUACCUUUUUUUGGAUGACCUGGAUGGAGAAUAUGGAAGGAAACGGCCGGUGUUCUUGUUUACAUCAUUCCGUAUAGUUUGUAUAUAUGUGUGGCUAGGAUGGGAAGGGAUUUGAGACUCGGUCUCGGAUUUUUCUUGUUGUUUUUUCUUACCGGAGGUACCCAGUAUCGGUGUUUAUGGGACUUACCUUGCUGCUGUUGUUUAUUCAGCCUAGUGUGGCGCAAAAUAUUAUCGAUUAGUUUGCUUAGUUUGACCAAGCUGUACAAACUAAGGAUUGACUUUCCCGCCUGCGAUGUUCAUGUUCCUAGUGAAAUAAGACUGACUGAGUUCGGAUGGAUGAUCCUGCCUCCGAAUGUGACGUAAAACCCAGAUUGGACGAAACCUAGAGGUAAGUUCUAGGCUAAGAGAACUGCAAG